AUGAAAAAGACCCCCAAGUGGUCCCCGUCCGGAUUUACCCUGGUCGAACUGUUAGUUGUCAUCGCCAUUAUCGGCGUGCUGAUCGCCCUGUUGCUUCCCGCCGUUCAGCAGGCUCGCGAGGCGGCUCGCCGAAUGCAGUGCACCAACCAAAUCAAGCAGCUCGGUCUCGCGAUUCACAAUUAUCACGACACCUACAACAAGCUUCCUUACAUUCAACAUGCCGAUGCCGGUUCGGGAUCGACUGCUCAGCGUGGCCCUUCGUGGAUCGUUCGCAUUCUUCCUUUCAUUGAGCAGACCGCAGCAUACGACCAAAUGGUGUUCACCGGCGACUGGAGCAUGGCCGACGGUGUGAACCCGAAUGCGAACCUGGUCGACGACUACUACGUCGACGGUCUCAACUGCCCAUCGAGCCCGCUGCCAAGCAUGGCCGAAGAAUCGACCUCGCAGCAUGGCACGCUAAACCUGCAGCGUCCGAGCUACGUUGGCAUCAUGGGUUCCUACUUCCAAGGCGGCACCAGCGGCACCACUUCGACAGAGAUCGCUUACAACAACUCGUACGGCGGCGGCGGUAAGAACGGUUUGUUCGUCCACCAUGGCGAAGGCGUUUCGGCCAUUGGCUUGGAAGCGGCAACCGACGGGACGAGCAAUACCAUGUUGGUAAGCGAGCAAAGCGACUAUUUCUAUAAGUCGGACGGCACCAAAGUCGAACGCCGUAAGAGUGGUCACCGUGGCGGUGCCUGGAAUGGCGGUGCGUUGAGCACGCAGUGGCUCGAUUGGCCCGCCAAUGCUACGACCAUUCGAUACCCCAUUGCCACCGAAGGGGGCACCGGCAACUCGCAGAAUUACCACUCGAACGUAGCCCUCGUUUCGGCUCAUCCCGGCGGCGUGAUGAUGGGCCUGGGCGACGGUUCAGUCAGCUUCCUUUCGGAAACGAUCGACUUCCGCACGAUGACCGCUUUGGCCGACCGCCAAGAUGGCGCCGUCGUUGGCGAUUACUAA